AUGGCCGACGUCCGAUCGCUCCUCCGUAGCGAACUAGCUUCCCGCAAGGGCACAUCUCAACCAAAUGCGACAGGAAAUCGCGUCACCAAAAAGCGCAAGGUUGACAGCGGUGAUAGCGUGAUGCGAAAGAAGAUCCGCGCCGCUGAACUAGAUGUAUUCCAGUCUCCAUCUGGCGCAACAAGCGCCGAGCAAACCCCAGAAGAAGGUUCGGGGCAACUCGAGGAUGAUAUUGCCGGCCCAGAACUUCCAUUUGACGACAAGCAAGAGACUGUUGAACCAGCCACAGACGUCGCAGAAGAAUCCAACACGCAACCGCCCGAAGACCCAUCCACGCCUAUCGACGAAGAAGCUUGGGCAGCAUUUGAACGCGAGGUCGCUGAGCAGGAUGACGAGCCUCGUGCACCAGCCGCUGUUACAGCCGAGGCUACGAUAUCCGCAGCACCAGUGACAGCUGCAGAACUCGCUGCGCAGCAAGAGAGAGCGAAGGCGUCCUCAGUCCGUACUCGAGAGACAGAGUUGGAAGGGGAGCGGGAGGAUGCCGCACGGCUUUUGGAGGAAGAGUUUGAUGAGAUGGACCAGUUAGAGGAGCGGGUGCGAAGACUUAAACAAAAACGCGAAGAGCUGCGGAAAGCCCGCGCCGAAGGUCAGACACAGGAUGAGCCGAUGGGAUCUGGCGCAGUGGAACAGGAUGAGAGCGAGAGUGAAGAAGACGAAGAUGAUGAUGAUGAUGACGAGGACUGGGAUGAUUGGAGAUUUAAAUGA